UUUUGCUUCUUUUAUAUAAACAUUUAUUUAUUGGAUUGAGGCAGGAAACACCCCAAUGUUUAGUAGCUCCAGGUGACCUUACUGCACGUCUUUGGACCCUUUUUGGCAGUUCCAACUCUACAACCUUUGCACUGCUUCAUAACAGGUCAGAAUAGAUAGUGACCGUCUGUGAACUGGCGUCUUCAGGUUUAUGUCUAGACUCUUGUUUGGCCACUCAAGGACGUUCAGAGACUUCUGGUUAUUACCUGUCUCACUGUCACCACCAAGGUGAUGCGCAGUGCCCGUUCUGCCCAAACUGAACAUAAGAAGAAUGUCUCCAACUCAACGGGACCUUCCGUCUUGCCGCUCUUCCAUAAAAGUCUGAUUCCUGAAGUCCUGCAGAGAUGUUCUCCAUCCAACAGGUUCUUCCAGGCCAACCAAGGAGGACGGGGGUCCCUGCUGAGUCUGGUUCCUGUCAAGGUUUCUUCCCGUUUCUUCCACUGUCGCUGGUCCUCGGCUGGUCCUGGAGUCCUUGGAGUGAAGUUGAAGACUUGCGAAGUGACCGUUGGGUUCCUUCUUACUCCCAAGGACCUUCUUGCUUAGAUGCCCCAUUCUGGCAGGACCAUCAACUCUACAAAGGUUCCAAAUGACAGUUCCUUGGACUUCAUUAAAGGUUCAUUAAACUGUGGGUCCUCUUAGACUCGGGUGUGGGCUCUCCGAACUAUGUAACAGGCGACUCCCAAGGGAGCUCUAGACACGUCUCAAGGAUCAUCAAAGCAAACGUGAUCUGUCUGCGCCCAAACGUAAUUUGGAGCCCCAAAGCCAGAGGUCUGAAUACUUCUUCUAUCAUUUAUUUGUUGUUGUUUUGUUUUUUUUAGAUUCAGAAGUGAAUCGUCGAUCUGCUGCAUCUGGAACGACUGGAGGAAAAUAAAAUGCUUAACCUGGCGAUCCUCUGCACGUUGGUGCCCGUGCUGGUUGGCGGCGCCUCCGUUCCCAAGGCUCUGUACCCCACGGACUGCUCCGACGUCUACGCCAACGGACAAACCCUGAGUGGGGUUUACAGCAUCUACCCUACAGGAGAGUCGCCUGUGCAGGUGUACUGCGAUAUGGGCUGUGGGGGAACCAUGGACAUCAAGUGGACGGUCUUUCAGAGAAGGAUGGACGGCACUGUGAACUUCUACCGGCCGUGGGAUCAAUACAAGAGUGGAUUCGGGAACAAGUACGGAGAGUACUGGCUGGGUCUGGAGAACCUGUACCAGCUGACCAGUAAGAGGAAGUACGAGCUGAGAGUGGACCUGCAGGACUUUGAGGGAACUUCCGUCUACGCUCAGUACUCCUUGUUCUCGGUGGAACCCGAGUCCGAGGGCUACAAGCUCCACGUCAGCGGCUUCAUCAAUGGAGGAGCAGGUGACUCUCUGGAGACCAGCAACGGACAGAAGUUCUCCACCUUCGAUAAGGACCAGGACUCUAAUCCGGAGGGAAACUGUGCUAGAACCUACCUCGGGGCUUUCUGGUACAACAAGUGCCACCACGCUAACCCUAACGGUGUAUAUCUGUGGGGGCAGGACGGUACCCUGUUCGCCAUCGGUAACGUCUGGCACCACUGGAAGGGCUACGAUAACGGUCUCAAAUCCAUCACCAUGAAGAUCAGGCCUGUGGCCUAGCGCUCCCCAGCCACCCGCCGCGUCCCAAACCACAUAGUACCAGGGAGUCUUCUUUCAAUUCAAUCAUUUCCGCUUCCCGAUCGCAACACCCCCCCCCCCCCCCCCCCCCCCCCAUCCCGACAAGUGUGCGGUCACCCGUGGAGCAACCGCGCCUGCUAGACUCCCGGCCAGGUCGACAGCACGGGUUCAGGUAUUCCUCCGCCACUCACGCAGACAAGUCCCGUUCCCCGCUCUAACAGUCCCGCGCCAAACACUCCAUCGCGAUCGAUAUUCACAGGCAAGGACGCACUUUUUGGUCAUGUGAUCAUUUUUAUUGGUCAUUAUCUAGACUUACAGGUCGACAGAGCGAGGUGGGGGUGCAUUCCGAUUCGUCUCGCUGUUUAUUGGUGUACGUUUAAUAAAGGAUCAAAGCAAAUCUGUUUGUUCUGUGAGGCUAAAUACGAUUAAAAAUGAGGGGUGGACACGCCCUGUCGGAGCGUUUCAGGAAGGGGGGGGGGGGGGUAACAGUCAGUGGGCAUUCGUAUAUGUAGAUGGAUGGACGGACGGACGGACGGACGGGCGUUAUCCUGUACGCAGGAUGAUGUGGACCCCGGAGUCGGUGAACACGGGGCCGCUCAUGUCGCCGAUCUUCAGCGCGAACGACGCCUCCUCGAACGGCUUCUGCAUCUGACCUGUCACACACACACACACACACACACACACACACACACACACACUUAGGAUACGAAUCCAACCCUUGACCCCCCACUGAGCAGAUGAUGACUGUGUGUUGCACUGUUAUAAAACAGGUGCAGCAGUGUUGUUGGGAUUUGGUAGCUGCUGCACCUGCUGUACUCAGUAUUCUCCACCCGAACAUCAUCUGGUCAGCGGGGGGUCACUUUCGGGGGUCACUUUCGAUAAAUGGAGUACAGAGGGGCGACGGUCAGUAAUUGUAUAGCCCAAGGUUGGCGGUUUUGGGCGUGGGGUGGGCGCGGUUUACCUCUGCCGAACAGGCCCAGGUCUCCUCCGUUGCGUGCGGAGCUGCAGUCGCUGAACUGGGACGCCAACGUCUCGAAGUCCUCCUCGCCCGAUUUGAUCUGGUCUAUAUACCCUACACACACACACACACACACACACACACAUUUAAUCUAGGUCUUCCACCAUCUACCGCACACGAUAUGGCUGAAAGGUUUAGGGUCCACGUCCGUGCUGUAUCUUACGCUGAACGAGCUGCAGCGCCUCCUCUUUGGAGCGGGUGAUGUUCUCCUCUCUCCAGGACGAGGGUCGGCGUGACUGGUUGUGCUUCACCAGCAGGUGAGAGCAGCGCACCUUCUCCACCGGGGCGCCGUCGCCCGCGCUCGGCCGCUCCCACUGGCUGGCGUUGGUGCUGUGGUUGAAGUAGUACACCCGACCUGAGGACGGAGUACAGAGCAGAACCACCGUGUUUAAAUGAUACUGUUGGAUGUUUAACAUCAAAUGUCCAGGGUUUUGUUCUGUCUGCAAUCAAAUAAAAGUCCAAAUAAA